CCGACACCUCCACCUCUCACACCAAAGCCCUCACUCUUGCACCACCAUGAAGGUCUCUGCAGUGCUUCUGUGCCUGAUGCUCACAGCAACCAUCCUCAGGAUGCUGGUGCUUGCUCAGCCAGCUUCUGUCCCCACUACCUGCUGCUUUGCGGUGGCAAACAAGAAGUUCUCCAUUCAGCGCCUGGAGAGCUACAGAAAGAUCACCGGCAGCAAGUGUCCCCAGAAAGCCGUGAUCUUCAAGACCAAACAGGACAAGGAGUUCUGUGCUGACCCCAAGCAGAAGUGGGUCAAGGACGCCAUCAAGUACCUGGACCAAAAACUCCAAACUCUGACGCCACAGUAAUCACCAAUUUGGAGACUAAACCAGAGACUGAGACGAAAUUCAGAGAUGGAGAAAUGCUGGAUUCAGCUUCCCUUCCUAUGAUGCAUUCUGAAAUAAUCUCAUUAUCAUAC